UUCAAUACCGUAUCAAUCCAUUGUAUAGGUACGGGAGCUUGUCCUUUCACGGGAUCUUAACCUCAUCAUUGAACCUGGGAGAUCACUCAUAGCAAACACUUGUUGCUUAGUUAACAGGGUGACGGGGGUCAAAACUAAUGGAUCUAAAAAUUUUAUUGUGAUUGAUGGAAGUAUGGCUGAACUUAUCCGUCCUAGUCUGUAUGAUGCUUACCAGCAUAUAGAACUGGUUUCCCCUGCACCAGAAGAUGCUGAGAAUGCAACUUUUGAUGUGGUUGGCCCUGUUUGUGAGUCUGCAGAUUUCUUAGGAAAAAAAAGAGUACUUCCAACGCCAGCCAAGGGUGCCGGUUUAGUUGUUCAUGAUGCUGGUGCUUACUGCAUGAGCAUGGCAUCAACCUACAAUCUUAAGAUGCGGCCUCCUGAGUACUGGGUUGACGAUGAUGGAACAGUGGCCAAAAUCAGACAUGGAGAGACAUUUGAGGAUCAUUUGCGGUUUUUUGAGGGCCUUUGAGUGGAGACUUCAUUUUUUGGUGGAUUAGAAGGCUUGAGUUUCCAUUUGUGAUGUUAAAAGGUAUGGAUCUCUCCAUACCAUUUGAUAACAAAUGUAUUUUGAGAUAGUUUCUUCUGUUAUGUCCAAAUCUAAUAAUACUCUUGAUGGUAGAAGUAGAUUGGUCCUACGUGGCUCUCGCUUUUUGUCCUCUACUUAUCUAGUGGUAAGAACCUGGUAUUUAGCAGAGGUUCACAGACAUGUUUUCCAUGAUGUUGUCAUAAAAAUCUUUAAGGCCUUAUAGUCCUAAACCCUAAAAUUAUCUGUUGGCAACUAUUUUCAUUCUUGGUACCGCAUUUUAA